GCAUGGCCGCACUUUCUUGGUUAAACUGCUGCGCUCUCCAAACUGGUAGCCUAUUGAUCGCUGAUCCGGCCGGAGGCGCGCAGGUGAGAUUAGCGGGAGAACAGGAUGAGAUGGACGGUCUUGCUGUGGGAGUACCUGUUGGUGGAGGUCAUGGUGCUGGUGUGCAGGGCGGAGGGGGAAGCGGAGCGGCGGCUGGAUGGUUUUGUGGUGUUAUCGGGAUCGAACGGUUCGGAGGAGAGCGGGGUCUCGGAGGCACCGCACACGCAGGAUGAGUGCCGCGGUUACUACGAUGUGAUGGGUCAGUGGGACCCGCCGUUCGUGUGUCGGACCGGUACCUACCUGUACUGCUGCGGCACCUGUGGAUUCCGCUUCUGCUGCGCAUACAAGAGCUCGCGUCUGGACCAAAGUCUGUGUACCAACUACAACACCCCGGUGUGGCUCAGAAAACAGACACCGCAAAAGAAAAACGACCCGAGACACGACCCGACCAGGGACAAGACCAACAUGAUAGUGUAUGUGGUGUGUGGAGUAGUGGCAAUCAUGGCGCUGGUCGGAAUCUUUACCAAACUUGGACUGGAAAAGGCGCAGCGACCGCACAGGGAAAACAUGUCUCGGGCUGUAGCAAGCGUGAUGCAAGGUGCCUGUCAGGCUGAACAUGAAGAAGCUAUUGGAAGGCAUGCACAGACCUAUGAAAGCAUGCAGGCCAGAGCAAACAACAUACAGGGGACCCAGAUGCACAACAUGAGACAGCCGCACCCCUACCCUGUCCUGAGCCAGUUGGCCCAUGUGUAUGAGCAACAGCAGCCUGGCAAAGAGCUUAACAAAUACGCCUCGCUGAAGGCUGUUGCCUCAAAAAUGAACGGUGAACUCUACAAGAAGCAGCACUGCCACUUGACCGAAUUGGCAACAAAAGGCAGCCUGCCCCUGCACACUAUCAGAAUGGAGCAUGUGGAGCCCACUGCCUCGUACGUCACCAAGAUUCCAACACCCAAACCGAGUGAACAGAAACCUAAGCCCGCCCGGCCCCAUGUGCCACAUCACAUGGCCUACAGCUCCAACACCAUAGCCAACCCAGGCAUGCUAAAGGCCUGGGAGGGCACAGAAACUUUGGGCCGCCGCAAGACCUAUAAUCCCAAAAAGCCCUAUGUGAUGGGCCAAAUGAAUGAGCUUCACACUGCCCGCAGUCAUCACUACCUGCCCACACAGCCCUACUUCAUCACCAACAGUAAGACGGAAGUGACUGUGUAAGCAAAUGACUUUUCUCCAAAAGGCUCUUCAGCCCUUCAAACAGAAACUGAACACUAUGCUGACAUUUACCUUCACCCUGCCCCUGGUGGAGGGAGGGCUUAACUGCAGAGACGAGCUGGUCACACUAUGGUCAGCCACCCAAACACAGGCAGUCAGUGAGCAAUGACAUUAGCUGAAUCAGGAACGUUCCAUUAUUUCGGUGAAAUAUUUACUCUAUAUUCAUGCCAACAAUUAUCUUUUUUUUUUUUCAAUUAGUGACAUAAUAAAUGAGAAA